UUCUGCUUUAGUUUACAUCUCUACUUGGUGUCAGUGAAGUGUGUCUCACCGCAAUGAUUGGACAUCUGUCUUGUUUGUUUGUCAUUUUAUUGUAUCUCAGUCAGACCAGUGGAGAUGACCAGAUUACUCGGACCAUGCUCAAUCCUGGAGAUACUUUCACUAUGUCCUGUUCUGUAGACAGGAGUGAAGCCGGAUUGCUUUAUUUCUACAAAAUGAGUUUGGAAUCACCAGUCCAAACCAUUGCAGAUGGAUCCUAUGAGAAAACAACAUUUAAAGAAAACUUCAACAAUGCAAGAUUUGGAAUAAAUCAAAUUAAAGAAGCAAAGGAAAAUGUGUAUACCUUCACAAUUUAUAAUGUGAGAAGAGAAGAUGCAGCCACUUAUGUUUGCCAAGCAGGAUCAUCAUACAAAAUGAGUUUUGUUAACACUACUCUUUUGAUUAUUCUUGACCAAGGGCACCACACUUUCUAUGUGGAACAAAUCCCACGGGCUUCAGCUCCUCUAGAAGGUCCCGUGCAUCUCAGCUGUUCUCUUGUGUCCAAGAACUACUCUCCACUUGAGUGUCCUUCUAAACGCAAUGUGCACUGGUUCAAAUCUGGACCAGAAGAAUCUGCAGCCAGCUUCAUCUACACGUAUGAAGAGCAGACUGAGGAGCAGAGCCAGAGGACAUGUGUCUACAGUCUUUCCACAACUAUACAGGACGUCAAUCAGACUGGGACAUACUACUGCGCUGUGGCCAUCUGUGGACAUGUCCUGUUUGGACCAGGGACCAAAGUGGAGAUAAACAUAUAUCAUGUCUCUGGUGUCGUCAUUAUCCUGGCUGUUCUUCUCGCUCUCUGUGUCUUUGUGAUCGCUGUCCUCAUUUGUUCCAGACAGGAGAAAGACUGAGAUGCAAUUUCUUUUUACUUCUAAUGAAUAAUAAAUGACACAAAAUAUCUAAUACAACAAGAAUUUAGUAUAUACACAUACAAUAUACAUGAUAGUGCCAUGUGUCAACAGGGGUGGGAGGGGUGGGGUGGGGGG